UGUCGUUUUAUGGAAUAGACUUGAUCAAAAUAUACAAGAGAACCGCGACCGCGUGUUGUUUAAUGGGAGCCGCGGAGAGCACCGACGGAGAGAGGGCAGCUCUGCUCGGCCCGGACAGAUCUCAGCCCGCGACAAUCCAGCAGCCUGGGCUCACCGGCAGGGUGUACGCGAGAAGAUGGCUGGUUCUCACCCUGUUCUCCGUGCUCGCAUUUUUACAAAACGUGGUGUGGAACACGUGGGGCCCGAUUCAGAACUCUGCCAAACAUGCAUUCGGGUUCUCAUCUACAGACAUUGCUAUUUUAGUUAUUUGGGGACCAGUAGGUUACAUCCCAUGGCUUCUGUUUGUGUGGCUAAUGGAUAAGAAAGGGUUACGUUCGUCUCUGCUGCUUACACUCUUCUUCAUGGUUCUGGGAUCUGUACUUCGCAGUAUCCCUCUCAAUGACCUGCAUCUCAAACGCUUGUUUGUUCAUGGAGGGCAACUUCUCAAUGGUUUAGCUGGUCCUACCGCUAUGAGUGCUGGUCCUCUCCUCUCCACAACUUGGUUUCCACCAGAUCAAAGAGCUACAGCCACAGCGAUUGCAUCACUAGCUGGCUAUCUGGGGGCAGCCUGCUCUUUUCUGAUUGGCCCUCUGGCUGUCCCAGCACCCAACGACACACAAACAGAGGACACUUACACCCACUGGGAUCCUAAACACAUCAGGGAGAGGAUACAACUUGUUCUUUAUGCAGAGUCCGGGAUGAUCGUACUCCUCUUCGCAGUCGUGUUGUUUUACUUUCCCUCAAGGCCGCCCAUGCCGCCCAGUGUAGCAGCAGCUAGCCAGCGCCUUAGCUACAGGAGCAGCAUUUGCAGAUUAAUGAGCAACAUGCGGUUCCUGAUGAUUGCGCUGGCAUAUUCAGUGCCUACAGGAGUAUUGGCUGGAUGGUUUGGUGUGUUGGACAUGAUUCUGACUCCAGUAAAAGUGGGCCAGGUAGAUGCUGGGUGGAUAGGCUUUUGGUCUGUUGUUGGAGGCUGUGUGUUUGGAGUAGCUAUGGCCAGGUUUGCUGACUCUGUCCGUGGGAUGCUCAAGCUCAUUGCAGUGCUAAUGAUGGCUGGAGCCUCUCUGGCUGCCACUUGGUUCACCCUCAUGUGUCUGACCAGACUUACUCACUUGCUCUCCACCAAAGCCACACUCUUUACCUCGUGCAUCCUGGUGGGAAUCUUCAUCAACAGCAGCAUUCCAAUCUUCUUUGAGCUUUUCAUUGAGACUGUUUACCCUGUGCCGGAGGGAAUCACCUGUGGUGUGGUCACCUUCCUCAGCAAUCUGUUCACAGGCCUGCUGCUCACUUUUCUCACCUUCUAUUCCACAGAGCUUUCCUGGUUAAACUGGUGUCUAACAGGCUCAUGUCUCUUCAGUCUGCUGCUCAUUCUUGUCUUCAGGGAAUCGUAUGACCGCCUCUAUCUGGACGUAUUUGUGUCAGUCUGAGUGGGCACACCGAUCCCUGUUAUACCAGGAAAAAGACUGAACUCCGCUGGCAAUGACUUGCACAAAAUGGAAAAGAAACUGAAAGACAAAGUGUGUAUUUUUCCCUGUUUUCUAGUUGUAGUAGAUGACAGAGGGACUUAGCUCUGCGACUGGUUUCUAAUCAGUGAAUAACACCAAGACUGUGUAAUAAUUUUUUGUUUUAUUAUUUGUCAUGUUCAUGUAAUGUCCCUUAUUGAUAUUUAUUAAUGUAUUUAAGGGAAACAUUGUGUUUAUUGGCAGGCACAACAUGAUGAACUCAUUUUUAUAGCAACUGAUAAUGAUAUAAAGUGGCACCCCCUGCAGAUCCCGAUGCAUUGGGACCUUUUACACUUCCCAUUUAUUAAA